UGAAGAUUCUGAGGUGGCCUUGAUUCUUUGCAUGUGAUCUACUGUCCUUCUCACAUGUUGGUAAAUAAACAUGUAUGUUGUCAGUUUCUUUAGAGUUCCUUUCUCUGCAUAAACAUUCAUACAUUUAAAAGGAGAAGUGAAGGAGUGCUUGUUAGGACGACAUCUCAACUCUGUCCUAAGAGAUGGGCAGGAAGCCUUGUUGCUCUAGGGAUGGCCUUAGAAGAGGUGCAUGGACUCAAGAAGAGGACAAGAUUCUAAGUGCUUAUAUCAAAGCUCAUGGUGAAGGGAGAUGGAGGAGUCUUCCUAGCAGAGCAGGACUUAAGAGAUGCGGAAAGAGUUGCCGGCUUCGAUGGCUGAACUAUUUAAGGCCGGAUAUAAAGAGAGGAAACAUAUCUCAGGAGGAAGAUGACCUUAUCAUCAGACUUCACAAGCUCUUAGGAAACAAGUGGUCACUGAUUGCAGGAAGAUUGCCAGGGCGCACAGACAAUGAAAUAAAGAAUUAUUGGAACACACAUUUGAGUAAGACAUUAAUAAAGCAUGGAAAUGGACAUGAUGAGCAUCAGAAUAAGAUAGAGACGAAAAAGGAAAAGACAUUGGCAAUUGUGGACACAAACAAUGUAGUUAGGACAAAGGCCAGAAGAUGUACUAGUAAUGUCUUUAUCACAACCACACCACAGCAGCAACAGCCACACUUUGAUGAUCAUAAUGAAGAGCACAUGAAUACAGGUGUACUACUUCAUGGAAAUGAAGCUGCAAAUGGGGAUGAAAACACUGGUCAUGAGAUUGAGAGCUGGUGGGAUGCAUUAAUGGAUUUCAAUAUGAAUGAUGACUGGACUUGGAUGAAUGAAGCAUCAUCACCACCAAUUCAUAAUAUUAAUGUUGCUGAAGCUGAAGGAGAUGAUGAUGAUGACCAUCAUCAAGUCAUGAUUGAGUCUGAGGCUGAUGAAACAAGGAAGCCUGAUCUUGAUUUGGAUCUCAAUGCAUUGGCUGCUUUCUUGGAUUGGGAGACUUAUGCUUGAUUAGAUCAUUACUAUUAAUAUUAUUAAUUUCUAAUCCAUCCAUCCAUGCAAGCAUGGAGUUCUCAUAAUGUAAGCAAAAUAAAGUGAGGUGUUGUUUCCUCUUUGAUAAUGACUAUAAAAAUGUGAGAUUCCAAUUUCCA